AUGCCGAUCUCUGCCGCGGACCUUGAGGCCUCCAUCCGCUCGGCUCUGCCGAUCAUUCACCUUGAGAUCGAAGACACAUCCAGUGGAUGCGGUGAAAACUAUUCGAUCUUCGUUGUCAGCGAGGCUUUUGAGGGCAAGAACACUCUUGCGCGGCAUCGGUUUAUCAAUGAAGUGUUAAAAUCGCAAAUAGCACAAAUGCACGCGUUUUCUCAGAAAACCCUCACGCCAACCCAGUACCGGGCUCACCUUGCAAAACAGGCGGCGUAA